AGGUCUUAAAAAUUUUUCCAUGUAUCUAACUUAUUAGUUUUUAGACAAGUUCUAAUUAUUAUUUAUUCAAUUUCUUGUUUGUUUCAUUUUUGUAGUCGGGUUUUUAUCAGUGAAUUGGUUUUUCAUUGACCCUUUAAUACGUUUUGUGUAGUGUUCCAAUUUAUUGUAAUUUGAGCAUUAAAUAGAGUGCAAAAAUGCCUAACAAAGCAGCAAAGGAUAUUCUGGAAACAGAUAAGGAAACGGAGUAUAUGCAAAGUUUUGUCCGUGGAGGUGGGUCAGAUGAUGAAAGAGAACCCAUUUCGCACCAUAAGGCCGACUUGGCCAAACAACUAUCUGAUUCGAGCGAUAAAUCCCCGAGAAAGGCCAACAGAGGAGCGACUGCAAAGGAACCACCAAAAUCCAAGAAACGCAACAAACAACGAGAGUAUUAUGAGGAAGUUUAUUGCGAUAAAGAUAGGGCGGCGGCUGUUAGCAUUGGGAGCUUUGAUAUUAAGCAGAGUCUCAAUCAGAAGGCUCGUCAGGAGAGGAAUCUCAAUUUAUCACUUCCAGAGGAAGCAGAACCCGGAGCUCUUCUUGCUUUGGGCAUGAGGGAGGCUAAGAAUGGAAAUACAGACAAUGCUGUUCAAUUUAUUACCAAGGCUCUAGAAUUGAAUCCACAGGAUCAAAAUGCUUUGGUUGCAAGAAGUAAGUGCUAUUUGCUUCUGGGCGAACCAGAUAAGGCUCUGCAGGAUUCUGAAACAGCCCUCAUUGCGGACAAAAAUAACAUUCGUGCUAUCUACCAAAAGGCGGAAUCUCUCUACUAUUUGGGCCAAUUUGAGCACAGUCUCAUGUUUUUCCAUCGUGGACUACGCCUCCGUCCGGAGCUGAAUACCUUCCGUUUGGGUGUGCAAAAAACGCAAGAAGCCAUUGAAAAUACAAUUGGAGCUGCUCAGAAAAUUGAUCCAAAGAUGGAGAAAUGCAGUGGGAAGAAUACAGCAUCCACAACCACCAGAAGCACAACGUCAAAGAAGCCUCGUGCAUCAAAAGCCACUAAAGCUGAUCUCGAACGAAGGGCAUCACGACGUCUAUUGGGUGAAUUGUGUGUGGACAAGGAGUACUUGGAAAAUCUCCUCAAACAUCCCAAUUUGAAACUUCUCAGCUCGGACGUUGAUACUGAGCCUAUAUCGGGAUUAGCCAAAGAUGCGGUUACUUUUCUGAACACGCGUCAGGAAUUUUGGCGUCAGCAAAGACCAUGCACGGCACUGUCCAAUAAAAAGAUUAUGGAAGAUACAAGUACUAUACCCAAAUGGUUCUAAAAGAAAUUACUUAAUCGUAUUAAAUUCAUCGUGAAAUCUCUCUUGGAACAUUUGAGCACUGCACUAAAAAUAUUUUACAACUUGUAGCGGAUGUAGUCUCAAGAAUAUGAAAGUAGGUUCAAUUUAAAUCACAAAGGAAUGUAGAAGGAUAAAAUUAAUUUAAACUCUUUUAAGAAAUACAUACCAUAAAAAUAUAUAUUAAUUAUUUUAUCACCAAUUUUUAAAAACAGAAUUAUUCACUAAAAUAACGAUAAACCAUUAUAACAUAUCAAAAUACAACUUAAAAAAAUUAAGGAUAUCAUAAAGAGCAUAGAAUUACGUAAUAUUUUAUGCACAAUAUUAAUAAAUGAUUAAAAUUAUAGAAAAUAUUAUUGUAUU